GAUGCUUAGGCUAAUAGGCCAUAGUGUACAAACUUCUUAUUCUUCUCUUCAUCAAGCUUAAUUAUACGGAGUAAUAUUAUUAGCAACCUUUUAGAAAUGUUCUCAAGAGAGAAAGCAAGGAAGAAAAUGGAAGAUUGGAGAAUACUUUGCUCAAUUCUAAUGGUCAUUAUGAUGGUUAUUGAGGGAGGAGAAGCUCAAUUAUCGGAAAAUUUUUACAGUUCCUCUUGCCCUCGUCUCGAACGUAUAGUGCAACAGGCUGUAAAGAAGAAACAUGAUCAAACUUUCGUAACAGCUCCAGCAACACUACGUCUGUUUUUCCAUGACUGCCUUGUUCAGGGGUGUGAUGCUUCAGUCAUGAUUUUCUCACCAAAUGGCGAUGCAGAGAAGGAUUCAGACAGCGAUCUCUCACUAGCAGGAGACGGAUUUGACACGGUUAUAAAGGCCAAGCAAGCAGUUGAAGCUGUUUGUCCCGGUGUAGUCUCCUGUGCUGAUAUUCUGGCUCUUGCCGCCAGAGAGGCUGUAGUUCUGACAGGAGGCCCUUCAUUCAGUGUAGAACUUGGACGUCGAGAUGGGUUAAGGUCAAAGAAAUCAGAUGUCACAAACCAUCUACCGAAAGCAGACCACAAGUUUAACGAGCUACUUAACUUGUUUGCCAAGCAUGGCCUGAACCAAACUGAUCUUGUCGCGCUGUCAGGAGCUCACACCAUAGGUGCAGCCCACUGCUCGAAGUUUUCAAAACGUAUCUACAAUUACUCUCAAUUUAGCCCUAUUGAUCCUACCCUGGACCCCUUAUAUGCCCUACAGUUGCAGCAACAAUGCCCACCAGGUGUAAACCCAAACAUUGUCACCUUUUUGGACCCUUUGAGCUCGAAUACAUUCGACAAUUCGUAUUAUAAGAGCUUAAUUGUAGGAAGGGGGUUGCUUACAUCAGAUCAGGAGCUCUUCACUAACCCUGCUUCUAGACCAACAGUUGUUGAUUUUGCCAAUAAUCCUGGCAACUUUAAUGCAGCUUUCAUUACUGCAAUGAGAAAGCUCGGUCGAGUUGAUGUCAAAACUGGUAAUCAAGGUGAAAUCAGAAGGAACUGUGCAGCAUUUAACUCAUGAAUCCUGAAGAACACUAUCCCUUAUAAAAAAUUGUAUUGCAGUAUGAAUUCAUUAUAUUUCUGAUAGUGUAAUAAGUUAAUCAACCAGUAUAUUUGCUUCAUUCUGAUCCUGUUUUCAGAAAAUACGUCUGCUUCACGAACUGUAUGAAACGAGUGAGUAACGACGAUUGUGUAUGCCUUGUUCUGCAUUAAUUGUCUUAACAUAAUGGUGAAAAACAAUCAAGGAAGGAA